AUGUUUCUGCGACGUAUUACGUUUCUGGAGAGCCGUUCCGAGGGAGGUGGGAUCGGCGGUUCGCGGACGGCUGCAGGUGGUUAUCCAUAUUCCACCCAGGACUGUGAGGCGGACACUGAAGGUUCCAGACAGAGUGUUCUUUGUGGAUUAGUAUGGAGGGACCAGAAUAAGGAUCAGCUGCAGAAUGUCUUCAAACGGUUUUUGUUUCACUACUCCAAAGCUCAAAAUUCAGUUGGCUCAGUUCAGAGAGAGUCUCAUUCAGUCCAUCCACUGAUGCGUUUGUCGUCCAACCUCUCUCAACGCAAGAAAAAGCAGCAAAUGUUUGCCAGUCAGACAGGCAUUAACACAAUCUUUCUCUUAGAGAAGCUGAAGACCGCCUGCGGUCCAUCGCCAAGGCUUGGUCGAGAUCUUCUCUGUUCUAUUUGGGAUUGCCAUGGAAACGCAGGAAAGCCUAAAGCCGGCAGAGAGGCAGCUCUGCUUUACUCUGAGUGA